AUGGCUAGAAAGCAGCAAGAUUGGACAACUCCAACAGAAAGUGGACCUAAAUUGAGGCUCUACAACAGUUUAACUAGAAAGAAAGAAGUUUUCAUACCUCAGGAUGGAAAUAUUGUGAAAUGGUAUUCUUGCGGACCGACUGUGUACGAUGCCAGUCAUAUGGGACAUGCUCGCUCAUACAUCAGCUUUGACAUUUUGCGACGUGUCUUGUCGGAUUACUUUGGUUAUCAAAUUCACUUUGUCAUGAACAUCACUGACAUCGAUGAUAAGAUAAUUAAACGAGCUCGACAGAACUAUUUGUUUGAUGAGUAUUUGAAGAAAAAUGUUUCGCUUGAACAAUUCGUAGAAGAUGUCAAUAUUUCGAUGAAAGCUUUUAAAGAGAAAACUGCUGACAACAAAGAUCCCGACAAGCAGAUUAUGAUCAACAAAAUUAUUAGCAACGUGACACAAGCUGCUGAUGGUCUUACGAAAGCAAUUGAAUCAUCAAAUGAAGGAGAAAUUAGUACAAAUCGUUUACAACUUCAAGAUGAAGCGAAAUCUCCAAUUUCCGAUUGGCUUGACGUUCAAUUUGGAGCCACAGUCAGAGAUAAAAAGAUUUUUGAAAAUCUCACAAGAUUCUGGGAAAAUGAAUACAAUAAUGAUAUGACAGCUCUCAAUGUUCUUCCUCCGAAUGUUCUAACGAGAGUAACCGAAUAUGUGCCCGAAAUCAUCACAUUCAUUGAAAAGAUCAUCGCCAAUGGUUAUGCUUAUGUGUCGAAUGGUUCAGUUUAUUUCGAUGUAGCAAAAUUCGAUUCAAUUAAAUAUCAUCAUUAUGCGAAACUGGUUCCUGAGGCUUUCGGCGACACGGCUCAAUUGCAAGAAGGCGAAGGUGAUUUGUCAGGUGAUAAAGGAACAGAAAAGCGAUCACCAAAUGAUUUUGCUUUGUGGAAAAACAGCAAAGACGGUGAACCAGCUUGGAAUAGUCCUUGGGGUGAAGGAAGGCCAGGUUGGCAUAUCGAAUGUUCGGCAAUGGCUGCUGAAAUCUUCAAAAGUGAUCUUGAUAUUCACACUGGUGGUGUUGAUUUAAAAUUUCCCCAUCAUGACAAUGAAAUUGCACAAAGUGAAGCUCAUUACGACACCAGCGGUUGGGUGAAAUAUUUCCUUCACACUGGACAUCUCACAAUUUCCGGUUGCAAAAUGUCAAAAUCAUUGAAGAACUUCAUAACGAUCAAAGAAGCUUUGAAGCAACAUACAGCAACACAAAUAAGGUUUGCCUUUCUCUUGCAUUCAUGGAAGGAUACGCUUGAUUAUAGUGCAAACACCAUGGAAAUUGCAAUUCGAUUCGAAAAGUUUCUUAAUGAAUUCUUUUUAAAUGUCAAAGAUUUGGUGAGACAAAAGAAAAGCGAUGAAAUGACGAAGUUCAAUGAGAAAGAUUUGGUGCUUAAUGUGAAGUUUUUGGAAGCUAGGAAAGGAGUUUAUAGCGCAUUAUGCGACAAUAUUGAUACGAAAUCAGCACUUGAUGCAAUUCGAGAACUGAUUGGUCAUUCAAAUGUUUACAUGCGUGACAAUCAAAGCUUUGUUAACACGCAACUCCUGGAAGAGAUUGCAGUUUACAUCACUGAGCUUUUAGACAUUUUUGGUGCUAUUCAAACACCAAAGAAGUCGAUUGGAUUUCCAGCAAUUUCUGGAAGUGACAAUGGUGGAAACAAAGAAGAAAUUCUCAUGCCAUAUCUGUCAGCACUUGCCGAUUUUAGAGCUGCUGUUAGAGAUCAUGCAAGAGAAGUUAAAGCAACUUCUAUUCUUCAACUUUGCGAUGAGUUACGUGAUGAUAUUUUACCGAAUUUAAGUGUAAGAUUGGAAGACAAAGAGGGAACGUCAGCGAUUAAGUUGGUUGAUCGAGAAAUUUUGAUGAGGGAACGGGAAGAAAAAAAGAAACGAGAAGAGCAAAAGAAAGCUGAACAACUUGCGAAGCUUGAACUUCAACGUCAAAAGGAGAAAGAGAAACAAGAACAGAUGCGAAUCAAUCCGAUUGAUAUGUUUAAGAAUCAAAACGAUAAAUAUUCAGCAUUUGAUGACACUGGACUUCCAACUCAUGAUAAUGAAGGAAAAGAAAUCAGCAAAGGUCAACAAAAGAAACUCAAGAAACUUCAACAACAGCAGGAAGUUAAAUACGCGGAAUAUCUUAAAACUCUCAGUAAUUAA